AUGAGCUCUACUAAAAAUAAACUUGUGUUGAUAUUGUUCACAGUGGUUUAUCUUUUACAAGGUAUUAGUGCAAUACCGCUUCUCCACAAAAAGAACCACGAUUGUCACCCAUCAGGGUCUGGUUGGACUGCUUACUCCGGCGUUAGGAUAUCACAUGAAGUUCUAUUACGUACCAAUAUUGGGAAAACAACUGAUCAAAUAUACAAAAUACAUCAGGAUUACUUUUCCAAUAAAAAUACACUUGCCAAAAUCGGCUUGGGUAAUGGAGCUGAUGCCUACGUAAACAUCGAUCAUCGAAUGAUCUUAACCAAGUGCGAUUAUGGAGAUAUAACUUUGCAGUUGUUUGUUCCUUUGGGUACUGGAACGGAACUUCCCUGGAAUCAGACAAUGUGUUAUGAAGAUACUUGUUACCGAAUAGCAAGGAGACGGAAAUUCCUGCGAAGGGUAUCGGCUUUUUAUUUCGGAGGUUCGAUUGUAGGCGGUAUUUUCCAAUCGAACAUGUCUCAAGAUUCCUGGGUUCCAUUAUUACCUCUGUUUUCUGAGUAUCCUUUUCAUAGUUGGACACAGCUACAGUUUGGAUCGCCAUUCAAGUUGUGGCAUUUAAGAAACGUCUCAGAAAUAGCUCUUUCUCAUAGGAUCCCGUACCUAUACACACCAGAUGUGCUGGACAGAAAAUAUCCCCGUAGUUUCCAUUGGACAAGAUAUGUUGACCCAUUUGAAAGUUAUAAAGGGUUCCCAGAUCCCAGGAAACUCAGAAGUCUAGCACUUGACUCAUUUUCUACAAUAACAUCAAACAAAAUGGAGCAUACUAUAUCUAACUACGUUCGAGAACCCAGCUACUAA